AUGGGCCUUGAACCAGCUGCAGCUUCAGAGCCUAUGCCCUUAAUUUCAUUGCCAUUUUUGAACAGGUCACAGUUUAGUGGUUCUUCGCCUUUGCACGUGUUUUAUCAACCUUAUAGUCAUAGUUUGUGUUGUUGGGGGGUUGGGUUUGUUUUUUGUUUGUUUUUUUUUAAGCCUUGUUGUCUGGCGGGAUAUUUCCUUAAUUCCUGUGAACUUGUCCUCGUGCACCCUGAUGUUAAGAACUGGAUCAAGUAUGCCCGCUUUGAAGAAAAACAUGGUUAUUUUGCCCACGCACGGAAAGUGUACGAGAGAGCUGUUGAAUUCUUUGGAGAUGAGCAUAUGGAUGAACACCUUUAUGUUGCCUUUGCCAAAUUUGAAGAAAAUCAAAAAGAAUUUGAAAGGGUACGAGUGAUCUACAAGUAUGCCCUGGAUAGAAUUUCAAAGCAGGAGGCCCAAGAACUCUUUAAAAACUAUACCAUCUUUGAGAAGAAGUUCGGUGAUCGACGGGGUAUUGAAGACAUCAUUGUGAGCAAACGAAGAUUCCAGUAUGAGGAAGAGGUGAAGGCUAAUCCACACAAUUACGAUGCGUGGUUUGAUUAUUUGCGCUUGGUGGAAAGUGAUGCAGAAGCAGAAACCGUUCGAGAAGUCUAUGAAAGAGCCAUUGCCAAUGUGCCACCCAUUCAAGAGAAGCGGCACUGGAAGCGCUACAUCUAUCUGUGGGUCAACUAUGCACUCUAUGAAGAAUUGGAGGCCAAGGAUCCUGAGAGGACGAGACAGGUGUAUCAAGCUUCUUUGGAAUUAAUUCCUCAUAAAAAGGUAUGUUUGCUCUAAAUGUUCUGUUCCAAAGUUUCAAAAUCCUGUUUCUGUUACUUGUGAAAUAAUACUUACUGUUUGAAUAGUUUGCUGUGCGGGGCACCCUGAAAACUUAGGUUUCAAAAGUAUGCUCUUUGUCUCUGAAAACACUUUACAGUCUGGUUGAGAGGACAGCC